AUGAAGAAGGGGGCAAAUAUUCAGCUUCAACGAGUCAUAGGAUACUUCCAUGGAACAAUGUUUUUAUUCAGUAUCAUCAUAGGUGCAGGUAUAUUUAUGGCUCCUAAAGGGGUGUUAAAAUACUCCUCACUAAAUGUGGGGGUCUCUCUAAGUAUUUGGGCUGCUUGUGCCCUGGUGUCUAUGAUUGCAGCUCUCAGUUAUGCAGAAAUGGGGACCACCUUCCCCAGAAGUGGCGCACAGUAUUAUUUCCUCAAAAGAUCUCUCGGACCCCUUAUUGCUUUCUUCUACCUCUGGAUCGGCCUGUUUAGUACCCCAGCAGGACUUGCUGCACGUGGCUUGUUACUAGCAGGAUAUAUUGCACAGCCUUUCUAUCCUGGAUGUUCUGUUCCUGAGAUGCCAAAGAAAUGUUUAGCAUUGGCCAUUUUGUGGUGCCUAGGAAUUCUGAAUGCUCGGGGAGUGAAAGAGGUGGCUUGGUUUCAGACUGUCAGUACAGUCGUGAAAAUGACAGUUCUCUGCUUUGUAUCCGUUACUGGAAUCGUGCUGUUGGUGAGAGGAAGAAAAGAGAAUUUAGCCAGGUUUGAGAAAGCUUUCGAUGCCGAAGUGCCAGAUGCCUUGCAGAUUGCAGAAGCCUUCCUCCAAGGAUUAUAUGCGUACUCAGGCUGGGGAAUCCUUGUUCAAAUAGCAGGGGAGCUGAAAAACCCUAGUGAAAAUAUUCCCAAAUGUGUGAUUACUGCACUUACCCUUGUGGCACUGAUCUACUUAUUGGUCAACAUUUCCUACCUAGCAGUCUUGACUCCAAAGGAAAUCAUGUUCUCAGAUGCUGUUGCUGUCACCUGGGUAGACAGAGUAUUCCCUUCCAUGCAAUGGGCCAUUUCCAUUGGUGUUGCUUCCUCCAUAUUUAGCUCCCUCAAUUGUACUCUACUUGCAGCAUCAAGGGUAUUGUAUAUUGCAAGCCAGGAAGGUCAGCUACCUUUGAUCCUCUCGACUCUUAAUAGUCACUCCUGUCCAGCUGUAGCUGUGAUUCAUACACUCAUCUUUGCCUCUCUUGUAAUUAUUCCUUCAGACUUAAUCCUUUUAAUAAACUAUGUGGGAUUCACAAACUGGAUUCAACUUGGGCUAAUGAUGAUGGGUUUACUUAAACUGAGAUUCCAGGAGCCCAACCUACCCAGACCUUAUAAGGUGCGUUUGCCGUUUAUAUUUGGAAGCAUGGCCAUGUCUUUGUUCUUAGUUUUGACACCUAUGAUCAAAUCUCCUAAAAUGCACUAUUUCUAUGUUCUUCUUUUUAUUCUCAGUGGACUUUUGUUUUAUCUGCCUUUUGUUCACCUUAAUUUAGAUUCUACAUAUUUCAACAAGAUAACUUGCUUUUUACAACUGCUAUUGAAUGUUUCACCCACUGAUGACAUUAAUGAAUGUAUUUCAGCAGAAGAAACAUUACAGAAAAAUCCACCUGAAAUUGCAGCCAAAAAAGUAUAA